AUGAGUGACAUGAAACUGGAAAACAACUUGCUGGGCCUGCCGGUCUUACUGCCAUGGACCUACUCCUUGGCAUUAAUCCCAUUGCUUGUCUACUUCCUCUACAAACACACGCUAGCAACGGAUAUUCCUCAUAUCAAAGGCCUACCGGAGAUUCCCGGCGCAGUGCCUGUCUUCGGUCACCUGCUCAAACUUGGAGAUGAUCACGCAAGCAUCUGCGAAGGCUGGUGGCGGAAGUAUGGCCACUCGGUAUUUCAGAUCAAGCUGGGCAAUACAAGGGCUGUAGUGGUCAACUCGUUUGAAGACUGCCGCAAGAUGCUACUUGGCCACCAAAACGCUAUUAUCGACCGCCCAAAGCUAUACACUUUCCAUGGCGUGGUCAGCAGUACUCAGGGUUUCACCAUCGGUUCUUCUCCCUGGGACGAGUCCUGCAAGAAGAAGCGUAAAGCAGCUGGAACUGCGUUGGGAAGACCCGCUCUUCGCAACUAUUACCCCAUGUUCGACUUGGAAAGCUACUGCAUCGUCCGUGAUCUGCAUCUGGACAGUUCAAACGGCGCCGUUGAGCUCAGCGUCCGCCCUUAUAUCCAGCGCUAUGCUCUCAACACGACUUUGACCCUGUGCUAUGGUAUCCGCAUGGAUGCUGUUUACGAUGACCUUUUGCGCGAGAUUCUCCACGUUGGCUCGGCUAUCUCUCUCCUCCGCAGCGCUUCGGAGAAUCUUCAAGAUUAUAUCCCCAUUCUGCGGUACAUGCCAAACAAUGAGAAAACUGCCCGAUCAAAGGAGCUGCGAGACCGUCGCGAUGCAUACUUGAACCUCCUUCUGGACAAAGUUCGGGAGAUGAUUAAGAAGGGAACCGACAAGUCUUGCAUUUCUGCGGCCAUUCUCAAAGACGAGGAAACGAAGCUGACGGGAGUGGAAGUCUCUUCCAUAUGUUUGUCACUUGUCUCCGGUGGGUUUGAAACUAUUCCUGGUACUCUGACUUCCGCUAUCGGGUCGCUUUCUACCCCAGAGGGACAGAUCUGGCAAGAUCGCGCUUAUGAGGAUAUCAAACGAUACUAUCCUGACGUUCGUGAGGCUUGGACAAGCUGUGUUUCCGAAGAAAAGGUCCCCUAUGUGAAUGCUAUUAUCAAGGAGGCUGGGCGCUACUAUACUGUCAGCUCAAUGAGUCUUCCCCGAAAGACCGUGACAGAAGUGAACUGGAAUGGUGCAAUCAUUCCUCCAAAGACGAUGAUCUUGAUCAAUGCGCAGGCCGGUAAUCACGAUGUUGACCACUAUGGGCCUGAUGGGGGCAAGUUUGAUCCUGAGCGAUGGCUAAAGUCUUUAAAUCCACCAGAAGAAAAAGAGGUCAGCGGCCUGCCGCAUUUGAGCUUUGGCUCUGGAUCUCGUGCUUGUUCCGGUCAAUUCAUCGCAUCAAGACUACUCUAUUGUGCUCUCAUUCGGAUUCUUGCCUCAUACAAGAUCGUGGCGAGUGAAGAUAGUCCACCAAAUACGGACUAUGUGGAGUAUAACCAGUUUAAGACGGCACUGGUUGCUAUUCCCAAGGAUUUUAAGGUCCGGUUGAUUCCCAGAGAUGAUGCUGUUACAUCAGAGUGUUUGAACUUGGCGGAGCUGAGAACUAAGGAGCACUACAAAGAGUGA